AUGUCGUACGGUGGUCUCUACGUGAUAAUAACCUACCUCCCGAUGUGGUUCCAAGCCUUCAAGGAUGUCUCUCCGCUGAUGAGCGGUGUCUACUAUUUCCCAUCGGUCAUCUCCACUACGCUCUCCACGGUUGGCAGCGGUUUCCUCGCCAUACAGGCGAGCCUGCCGCCGGAGCUGAUCUCCAUUGGGACUGCUCUUGUGGUGUUCUCUCAGAACUUUGGAGCAUCUGUGUUCAUCUCAUUGGGACAAACUACGCUUGAGAACUCCUUGCUUAAUGCUCCUGGAGACAUUGGGAAUGGAAUAGAUGCUCUACAACCAUGGGUUAAUUUCGACUUUCUAUUUAUCAGCUGGUUCCUUUGCGAAAGCAUUCAGUAUAGUCGCUAG